GUUUGCCCGUGUAGAAAGUCGGUCUCUCGGCCGAGUUUGAUUCCCCUCUCACCACGAGAGUAAGACUAAAAGCGUCUCCUUUGUCCUAGUGUCAUCUCAUCGUAAAACUAACCCAUUCGCCAUAACAUCAUUGGGUUUUGCUUACAUAAUCGUUUUAUAGCCUUGUAACCCCUGCAGACCUCACUGUGUUUCCUUCCUUGAGUACUUAUGGUCUCCUCCCCAAGAGGAAAUGCACAAAGUUUGUGUCAGAAGAAACAGUGGUUGAGAAAUAAAUGCAAAGAGAUGAAACAAGUUCUGUGAUGGGACGGAGGUCAGGCUAACAUCCAGAUCCCCUCAGUCUGGGACACGGCCCUGGCCACAUCGCUGGUCUUCGUGUCAUCAGUGUUAACAGACAAGCACGUCUGAGGAGGUGGCUCCUCCCCUCCAGCAGAACUUCAUGAUCCCCAAAAAGGAGAUAAAUAUGGUUUCCGACAUGGCCAAGUGGAAGCGCUCUCAGGCAUAUGCAGAUUACAUGGGCUUCAUCCUCACUCUGAAUGAAGGUGUCAGGGGCAAGAAGCUGACCUGCGAAUACAAAGUUUCAGAGCCCAUUGAAAAGCUGGUGGCUCUUCUGAACACUCUUGACAGAUGGAUCGAUGAAACCCCACCAGUGGAUCAACCUUCUCGCUUUGGGAACAAAGCCUUCAGGACCUGGUAUGCCAAACUAGACCAGGAAGCAGAAAAGUUGGUGGCAACAGUGAUCCCCAAGCAUUUGGCUGAUGCUGCACCAGAAGUGGCUGUGUACCUGAAGGAAUCCAUGGGGAACUCCACCCGCAUUGACUAUGGCACAGGGCAUGAAGCUGCAUUUGCAGCCUUUCUUUGCUGCCUCUGCAAAAUCGGUGUGCUCAGAGUGGAUGACCAGAUGGCCAUCGUCUUCAAAGUAUUUAACAGGUACCUAGAAGUGAUGCGAAAACUUCAGAAGACCUACAGGAUGGAACCUGCUGGCAGCCAGGGCGUGUGGGGCUUGGAUGACUUCCAAUUUCUACCUUUCAUAUGGGGCAGUUCCCAGCUGAUAGACCAUCCAAAUCUGGAGCCUCGACACUUUGUUGAUGAGAAGGUGGUAAACGAAAACCAUAAGGACUUCAUGUUCCUGGAGUGUAUCCUCUUCAUUACAGAGAUGAAGACGGGCCCCUUUGCUGAGCACUCCAACCAGCUCUGGAACAUCAGCGCCGUGCCCUCUUGGUCCAAGGUCAACCAGGGCCUCAUCCGCAUGUACAAGGCAGAGUGCCUGGAGAAGUUUCCUGUGAUCCAGCACUUUAAGUUCGGCAGCCUGCUCCCCAUCCAGCCUGUGAUGUCCUAAGGAGGCCGCGGGAGGAGUCGAGGCAGCGGAGGCAUAGCACGACGCUCUUCCUCCUCCCCUCACCCCUUCCUCAUCACCUUGCCCGUUACACACAGCCCAUUCAUUCCUGCACAUCCUCAUCGGCAACUGCAGAUCCAAAGCCCUCGUCGGCCUUGCGCAGGAGACGGGACCUCGGAGCGGCUCCUCCUGCACGUCCCCAGCAUGGGGAUGUCUCGCCAGCAACCAAGCCAGGGCUGUGCUUCUCCGCUCCGUUGCGUCCACGGGCAGUGCGACUGCUGCGUACGGCGCUGGGCAUGUGAACGGGGUUUGAGCAGGGGCUGCCUUGCAGCAAAGGCCCUCUGCUUCCCUUCCUGGGAGGAGGGGGGCGUGGAGGGGGAGGAAGGCACGUGUGUAUGUGUUGGGCAGUGGUAACUGCAGUUUCCCUUUUGAAUUUCAUUGAAGUUUCCUGUUGCUGUUUGGUUUGGGAAACCACUGCAAGGAGUGAGGUGUGAGUCUGCACGUGCCUGUAGGCAGCCACCUCUGCUUGCACGGGGGGGUCUGAAACGGGUAAAGGAAGUUGUAGGGAAGGUCUGUGGGUUGCUGGAAGCCCAGGGUGCCAUCUCUCCCUUACUCUGGGUAAGGAAAGCCUCCUCCCUCCUCCCUCCAUCUCUUCUGUGAGGUUCCCUGGGUCUUCCUUUCCCACCACCGCCUCUUCUCUCGGGUGAAGCUGGGAACCUUCUGGGCUGCGGGGGUCUGAGCUGGCUCUGGAGCCGGAGAUAAGGUCCCCGGAGGGACCCGGCUCUGUGGGAACAGCUAUGCAAAGACAUCGCUCGAGUGGCGCCUGCUCAGGCUCCUUCUUAAUGGGCACAAAACCUCACAUGUUCACACACGUUCGUUGCUGGGUCCAACCUGCCCUCUGCACUCCCCGUUUCCCCCUCUGUGCUUUGCUGCCCCGGGGCUGGGCUGGCCUCAGUGGCACAAGGUGACUGUGGUUGCUACUGCUUGGCCAUAAAUUGUAGUGACAGCCCCAUAGCAAAGGGAUUUCCCCACGAAGCAGCAUGUUCCCCGGCUCUUUUAGGGAGCAAAGGCAGCAUGGGGUGGGGGGGGGGCAAGCAUGCAGCUGUACGUGCAUUUAUAUACCUGUGCUGGAAAGAAAAAGCGUAAAUAGCCCAGGACAGUGGGUUAUACCUGCAGAAAGCUCUUUCCCUUUGUCAUUCCCUGCUGGUGUUGCUGUGCUGGACUUCGGGCAGAGGGACCACACUUCCAGUGCCACCAGCGGUGGUGUCUCCAAGGCAGGUGAAUGAAUGGGGACGUGGUCCGGGUGGUACCAGCAGCAUCUCUAGGAGGGCAGAAACGGCUGGUGCUGGGUUUGAGAUGAGCUGUCGUGUCCACAGGUCUUGACCAAGGUGGUCCGCAACUUUGCAGCUGGAGCAGGGACGUUUCUUCUUGAGGUUCCCAAGCUGGGUGGGGGGGGGACAGGGCUCUGCUCUGGUGUUUGCUAGGGGUUGGGGGCAGCAAGGAUCCUUUCUCUGGCGCUCCCGCAGCCCGUGCAGGGGGCGGUGGGGCUGCCCCCAGCCAGGCUGCUCAGCUUUCACUGCUGCACCACUUUACUGUUAAGGGAAAAGGCAAAAAAUGCUCACUGGUGAAUUUAUUUUUUUUUCCGUAAUUUUCUUUUUGCCAGACCUACUGACUCCCUCUUAUAAAGGUUGUCAUGGGUGCUCAGGGGAGGGAGAGCAAGAAAAGAGUCUAAAUGAGGAGGCAGUGAAAUGCAGGUAUCGGCAGAGCUAAAGCAGAGCUUUCUAGCGGUGCUGCUGUCCUGUCUGCUCCUGGCUCGGCCCUGGGCGGGAGGGGGCAAGGAUCUUCUGACCUGCCUGAAGCAACUCUAUAAACCUGCAUUGUAAAAGAAAAUGGAAGACUGGAUUUCAGCCUUGUGUUACUCCUAAACGGGGAUGUGUGUUUUGGCUUUCCAAACGGAUCCAAUCUGGGAGCAGUGCUGGAGAUCUGUGUGCUUGCCGGGACUUGAGUCCAUCUCCUGUGGAGCAGUUUAGCAGCCGGCACCUGGAGCGGAGACCCCAGGCAGCUGCACCCAUGUCCCCUCACCUUGCUAUGUGGCUUUUGGCAAGUGCCACCUUGCUUUAACUGGCUGUGUAGCAUCUGGCCAGCAAUGACUGAGCUAAAGUCCGUGGUUUCCCAAAGCCGCCCAAGGGUUGGGAACACAUCUCUCCUGGUCAUCUUAUGGCAAUGGGGCUUCCAUGCAAAAGGAUGGAUGGAGAUGUUGGUAUCCAUGCAUGGAAGGGACACCAAGAAUGUCAACUACAGCACCAAAAAGGGGUGGGGAGACACUUCCUUCCCCUGCAGCCGCUGCUCCCUGGGGACCAUGUCCCUGAGCUUGGGACCUGCCGAGGAGGUUGGCUCAUGCAGAAUUCUCUUGCUUGCUUGCCUGAGUCUUCACAUCCUUCCUGCUAGGGACUUUUGGACUUCAAGCAGCUAACUCUUGUCUGAGUCUUAUCAGCCGGCUUGGGAUGUGCCUGCAUCAUGUGGCAGUCGGCUGCUUGCCUUCCUCUGACUCCCACCGAUGUCCAUCACCAGUUCUCGGGGCUCUGCUCCUCUCCUGGAGGGUCCACGCACGUAGCAGCACCCAGCGCUGCUCGGUGUCUGAAGCAGCACUCCCCCACCUCCUCCCACCUUGUGGUUUUAAUUAAAGUCUCUGUGUUUUGCACUGGUGACUGUGUUGGUCUCUCUUGGACUGGGGUUUGCUGCCACUUUGGGAGCAGAGCCAGCGAAGCCCAUGGCUGGAGCCUCCGGCGCAGGGAAGAGGCUUUGCCGUGUCGGUGGUUGAUCUCUUGCACCAAAAUUGACUCGUUAUUUAACUGCAUGAAGCAAGUGUAUCCAGUCUGUCUUUGUAUCCUUCCUAGGUGUCUUUCUGUCAUGUAGUAUGUUUUAUUUAUUUAUUUAACUUCUUCGCUACGUCCAACCCCUCUCCCAGCUUGGAUUUGGCGGGUAGGUGAUGUGCAAAGCCUGUUCCCAGGCCAGCAAAUACCUCUUGAAGAUCAGAGACUUUCGCAACCAAAGGGCGUUUGAGCCUUGUUUCUGAGGCAGGGUGAGAACUGGAACCUUUUUCUUCUGAUGUUUUUCCUGUCCUGCUGUAGGGGCUGACUCAGGACUUCCAGCAUCAGUUUAGCUCAGCAGCUUUGUUGGAUUUAUGUAGGAAAUUAUACCUGGGACCUUCUCAGGAGCGGUUGGAGCUAGCAUAGAUGUGCUUAGCAAAUGCUAGUUUUCUUGUCACUGGGUUAUAUCUUCUCCGUCAACACAGGCCAACUGUGCGAGUGCAUGUUGCUAAAAGUGGCGGCAGCGUGGAGGGAUGGAUGGUGAGCAGAAAUGUCAGCUUGGAUCACAGAUGUUUUCUUUGAAGGCACUUGAAUUCGUCUUGAAUGUGUCCCUUGGCGAACAUGACGCACAGUGAAGGGGAAGCAGAAGUAGUGUGGGUUUCUCACCAUCUUCCCGCUCAGCCCACUGACCAAGCCAGGUUUUUUAAAUUCAUUUUUCAGAACUGGAUCCUUCGGGGUUGCAAUACGUAGGCCGGUAUGUGUUUCUGUUUAACAGCUGUUCCCUUUACACGGGGCGUGUUUUGCAAAUCGUCAUCAACCUUCCCCCGUCUCUUUCUUCGCAGCCCUCCUUUAUAAAUGAUCGUUCACGGCAGCUAGUAAUAAAUGAAGUAAGAGUUAGGAGAAGCAGCCUCGUGUGGCGAUAGUAGUAAAAGAAUAAAAUAGAACUGUUUCAUGCCAUUGUUGCUGUAUUAACUUGUUCUGGUGUGCGGCUCAGUUCCAUUACGUAGUGCUGGGUUCCUGCUAUUAAAUAAACAAAAAAGUCCCCGCUGUUUGUUGAGCAGCAAAAUCUGAGCUGGCAGUUCCCAGGAUGAAGCCGUGUUUCGUACCCCGAGGAACUGGUGUGGAACCUGGACGCCGUGCUGUGUCCCUGCAACUGCGUUGACUUCCUGAGAGAGGGAAGGAGGCAGAAAUGGGUGUGAGAAGGUGGAAUUGGUGGUUAACAAUAACUGCUAACGUAACCUGAACUCUCCCUCUGCCAACGUGCCGGUGGGAACCUUCUACGGUUGAGAAGCUCACGGGGAUCUCGUUGCUGCUUCAACAAGGACUUUCCUGCUCAGAUGUAGAAUUUAACACGGCUUUUGGAGGUCAUUUCAUGCUCUAAUAGCCAAGAGGAGAGAUCUUCAUCCUUUAACAUUGCUUCCCCUUCAGUGGAUGAGCACUCUUCCCAUUGACAUCGGAACAAACUCCUUGAGCGUCCUUGGGACAGAUAAAUCUUUCCCUGGACCGAUCUUGUAAAAAUCGUGCCAAACUUCAAACUAGGAUGAGCCAAAUUGAAAAAGGGCUGCCUCCACGUCAGAUUUAGCAAGGGCUGAACCGUGACGGGCAUCUUCAGCUUGGAGGUAUGCUCGUUCUGAAGAGCACAAGGCUGUGAACAGGCUUCGGAGGUUAGAAAAGGCUUUUGAGGGGGUGGAGUGGGUGCUUCUGCUUGCUAUAAAAAGCCUGGGCUUGGGAAUGUCUACAUCGGCCGGCUCUACGCAGGGCGUAAAUACAGUUGUCGCUAAAAUUGGAACGAAUCACUCCCUAUGUUCCCAGUUGCAACUGUAACACUGAUAAUAAAUAACAUCGAAAUCCCUAAUCA